AUGGAGUUUCUUGAAAGAACUUACCUUGUGAAUGACAGAGCCACCAAGAUGUAUGCCUUCAACCUAGACAGUGUGGAACUCCAGCAGAAAUCCUUGAAUAAAGAUCAAUGUCCUGGAGAGAAGCCAGAGGAGCUGGAGUCAGGAGCCAUCUAUCACUGCCACAGCAACUCCAAGGCCACAGAGAACAGAGCAAAUGAGCAAGUCUACGCCAAGUGGAAACUCUAUGCUGCUUCGGGAGUAUGCUUUGUUUUCAUGAUUGCAGAAGUCGUGGGUGGCCACAUUGCUGGGAGUCUUGCUGUCAUCACAGAUGCUGCCCAUCUCUUAAUUGACCUGACCAGUUUCCUGCUCAGUCUCUUCUCCUUGUGGUUGUCAUCAAAGCCUCCCUCGAAGCAGCUGACAUUUGGAUGGCACCGGGCAGAGAUCCUUGGUGCCCUGCUGUCCAUCUUGUGCGUCUGGGUGGUGACUGGGGUGUUGGUGUACCUGGCAUGUGAACGCCUGCUGUACCCCGAUUACCAGAUCCAGGGGACGGUGAUGAUCCUGGUUUCAGGCUGUGCUGUGGCAGCCAACAUUAUGCUAAGUGUGAUUCUGCACCAAAGACACACUGGCCACAAUCAUAAGGAAGUGCAAGCUAAUGCCAGUGUCAGAGCAGCUUUUGUGCAUGCUCUUGGAGAUCUGUUUCAGAGCAUCAGUGUGCUAACCAGUGCACUUAUUAUCUACUUUAAGCCAGACUAUAAAAUGGCUGACCCCAUCUGCACAUUUGUCUUUUCCAUCCUGGUUUUGGCCAGCACCAUCACUGUCUUAAAGGACUUCUCCAUCUUACUCAUGGAAGGUGUACCUAAGAACCUGAAUUACAGUGAUGUGAAAGAGCUCAUCUUAGCUGUGGAUGGUGUGGUGUCUGUGCACAGCUUGCACAUCUGGUCUCUAGCAAUGAACCAAGUGAUUCUCUCAGCUCAUGUUGCUGCAGCAGCCAGCCGUGACAGCCAGGUUGUUCGGAGAGAGAUUGUUAAAGCCCUCAGCAAUAGCUUUACUGUGCACUCGCUCACCAUUCAGAUGGAAUCUCCAGCUGACCAGGACCCCAACUGCUUUUUCUGUGAAGACCCCCGGGACUAG